AUGUUUGUCCAAGGGCAAGCACCGCAGCAAAGCAUCCCAGGCCCCAGGUCGCAGCCUGUCCGCCUCCCGGUGUCACAGACCGUCACCGUCUACACCCGCACAGCGCCCCGUGCUUUCCCCAGGCGGGCAGUCCAUUCUGCCCUGCAGAGCUGGCCGUCUCUUCUCCUUGGAUUUGAUGACCUGUGCGGGGAGGAGGCACGCGGGGCGGAGCGGGGGCGCAGCGUCAGAGCCGAGAGCUGCCGUGAGAACCGCUCGCCGGCCGCGCCUCCCACCGCCGGCGGCGCUCCGUCACCCCGGGAGCGCUUCCGGCGCUGUUCCCCAUAA